AGUAGUUUUCACUGUAGCUGUUGCACAGGAACUGUUCUAGGUUUUAGCUCUGCACAAUAUAUUUAAUCACUACUGUAACUUUGACAUGAAGAAUAUUUUAAGAAUGGUUCUUCAGAAUAUUAUAAAAACAUCAAAAGAGAAAUCCUGGCUACCGGAAAAGACUGGAUGUAACUCUAAAAACUGGACAAGGAACAGAGUUAUAAAAAAGAAGAUGAUAUUAACUGUGUUUCUGAGUAACAACGAGCAGAUUUUGACGGAAGUUCCAAUUACACCAGAAACAACCUGUCGCGAUGUAGUGGAGUUCUGCAAGGAGCCUGGAGAAGGAAGUUGCCACCUGGCUGAAGUAUGGCGUGGAAAUGAACGUCCCAUUCCCUUUGAUCACAUGAUGUAUGACCACCUACAGAAAUGGGGUCCCCGGAGGGAAGAGGUGAAAUUUUUUCUUCGGCACGAGGAGUCACCAGCUGAAAGUAAUGAACAGGGUGGACGACAAACCCAGAACCAAAGAAAUGGAAUAAGUAUACCUGUGGAGAAGCGUACAGAGAAUGGGGUUGGGAAUCCACGCGUUGAGCUCACUCUUUCUGAACUUCAAGAUAUGGCUGCUCGACAACAACAGCAGAUUGAAAACCAGCAGCAAAUGUUGGUUGCUAAGGAACAACGUUUACGUUAUCUGAAGCAGCAAGAGCGUCGUCAGCAGCAGUCUGUGUCAGAGAGUGAAAAGCUUCAAAAACUGAAAGAACGCGUUGAAACCCAGGAGACAAAGUUGAAAAAAAUCCGUGCCAUGAGAGGACAAGUGGACUAUAGCAAGAUCAUGAAUGGCAAUCUGUCAACUGAAAUUGAGCAUAUAAGUGCCAUGUUCCAGGAAAAGCAGCAGGAGCUACAGGCUGCAGUAUUGAAAGUGGAUCAACUUACCCAGCAACUGGAAGACUUAAGGAAAGGGAAACUGAAUGGGUUUCAGUCUUACAAUGGACAAGUAACAGGACCUGCAGCAGUGGAAUUAAAAAAAUUAUAUCAAGAGCUACAGAUUAGGAACAGGCUUAAUCAGGAGCAGAACUCCAAGCUCCAGCAGCAGAAAGAACUCUUAAACAAACGUAACAUGGAAGUGGCAAUGAUGGACAAGCGAAUCAACGAGCUGCGUGAACGACUAUACAAGAAAAAAGUUGAGGCACGUCAAAAAGAAAACAUUCCUUUGAAUCGUAUUAAUGGAACUUCAUCACCCCAGUCAUCUCUGAGUGCUUCAGGAAGGGUGGCAGCAGUGGGACCCUACAUCCAAGUUCCAAGUGCUGGCACUUAUGCUGUGCCAGUAGAUCCAGUCAAACCACAGACUCUCACCAUUGCUUCUAGUGCAACACAUGGAAGAUCAAAAUCUGUAGAAACAGACUGGGGGUGUGUGAAAAAAUCUCCAGACACCUGGAAGGUUUCUGAUUUAGACAUAAUAGCGGAUCCUAUUCUGUCAUCUCCCACUUCUCUUCAGUCUGCCGUUCACAAUGUCAUCCGUCUGGCACCUACUGUCUUUGACACCCAGCACUCUAACGAUGGAAACUGGCCCCUACUUAAGCAGAGCUCAGCCCCUGUGGUAAAACCCCCUCAGAUCUCCAACACAGACUGGAAAGAAUCGAGCAUGGAUACUGCUUUAAAACAAGGAACAAUAUCCAGUCAACCUUUGCCAGCUUCAGCAUUAGGAAGUACUGAUAAGCUGGGUCUUGACUUGGGGAAAGUACCACCACCAACAAUUCCCGGUGUAAGCAAGCAGUUGCCUCAAAACUAUGGGACCUAUCCAAGCCCAGUUCCCUUAGGAACAGGUUCUACAAAUUCUCUAGAAAGAAGGAAGGACGGCAGUCUGCCCAGACCUGGAACUAGUAUAGCAAAUCGACAAAGACCUGUUCCGCUUCUGCCGCCAAGCAGCGUUCAUCAACCCAGUUCCUCACAACAAAUCCAGCAGAGAAUUUCUGUACCUCCUAGCCCUACGUACCAACCCUCUGGACCCCCCUUGUUUCCAGGAGGAGAUGGCAGGCCAGAACUCCCUUUAACUGUGGCUAUCAGACCUUUUCUAGCUGAUAAAGGAUCAAGACCUCAGUCUCCCAGAAAAGGGCCACAGACGGUGAACUCCAGUUCCAUCUACUCAAUGUAUCUUCAGCAAGCAACGCCACCAAAGAAUUAUCAACAAGCUGUAUAUAACACCUUAAAUAAGUCAGUAAAAGCAGUUUAUGGAAAACCUGUCUUACAAUCUGGUUCAACUUCUCCCUCACCACUGCCGUUCCUUCACGGCUCUUUGCCCGCCCAGACCUCUUCACAGCCACAAUCUCAGCCUCAGACUGACGUCUCUGAAAAAGACCAAGAGCUGGAAAAUGCUCCACCACCCAGUGAAAAUAGCAAUGUGGAAAACAUUCCUCGCCCUCUCAGUCCUACUAAGCUCACUCCCAUUGUGCAUUCACCCCUGCGAUAUCAAAGCGAUGCUGACCUUGAAGCUCUGCGAAGAAAAUUGGCCAACGCUCCUAGGCCGUUAAAGAAGCGUAGUUCUAUCACUGAACCAGAAGGCCCAAGUGGACCAAAUAUACAAAAAUUAUUGUAUCAACGCUUUAAUACUCUUGCUGGAGGAAUAGAAAGCGCCCCUUUUUACCAGCCAGGCAAUCCCCAGGACUUCAUAGGUAUCUUAGCAGAUGUUGAUAAUGGUAACGCUAGUACCAAUGGCAAUAUCGAGGAACCUAUUUCUGUGCAACCUACAGUUCCCCUUCCUGAUGAGCCACCCCCUUCAUCAGAUGCCAAUGAUAAUGAAUUACCUUCCCCUGCAACUGAGGAACUGAUAAGCACUGAAACUACAAAUCAAACAUCCGAGACAACUGAAGAUAACAACAACAACGUUGCUAUAGUUCCUUCUACCGAAGAGUCGUCCAGUCCCACGCCUGAGGUCAGCUCUCCAGCAGAAGAGGAAGCUCCUUUGCAACCUGCUCUUCCUCCUCCACUUCCUCCAACCAAACGUACCAACCUGAAGAAACCUAACUCUGAAAGAACAGGCCACGGUUUGAGAGUGAAGUUCAAUCCAUUGGCCCUUCUCCUAGAUGCUUCUUUGGAGGGAGAAUUUGAUCUUGUACAAAGAAUCAUAUAUGAGGUUGAUGAUCCCAGUAAGCCCAAUGAUGAAGGAAUUACACCUUUGCAUAAUGCAGUGUGUGCUGGUCAUCACCACAUUGUGAAGUUCCUGCUUGAUUUUGGAGUAAAUGUAAAUGCAGCAGAUAGUGAUGGGUGGACACCUUUGCAUUGUGCAGCUUCUUGCAAUAGUGUUCAUCUCUGUAAACUAUUGGUUGAAUCUGGGGCAGCUAUUUUUGCUUCAACUAUAAGUGAUAUAGAAACUGCUGCAGACAAGUGUGAAGAGAUGGAAGAAGGUUAUAUCCAGUGUUCUCAGUUCUUGUACGGAGUGCAGGAGAAGCUGGGAGUGAUGAACAAAGGAGUGGUGUAUGCACUGUGGGAUUACGAGGCCCAGAACAGCGAUGAGCUGUCCUUCCACGAGGGCGAUGCCAUUACUAUUCUGAGACGCAAGGAUGACAACGAGACGGAGUGGUGGUGGGCCCGCCUCAAUGAUAAAGAAGGCUAUGUGCCUAAAAAUCUUCUCGGGUUAUAUCCACGAAUAAAACCUAGACAGAGAACCCUUGCUUGAGUUCAGUUGUACAACAGUGCAACACCUUGCUGGUAACUGGAAACUUAAAACAUACACUGGAGCCAUUGUUUUUGAUCAUUUCACACGGAGAAAUAAAACUAUGAUACUUAGUUUUAAUGGUGCUUUCUCUUGUUAAAUGGACAGCAUCCAAAAGUUUCAAGAUCUGCAGUUUGUAAAUGAAUCCUGUUCUGUGUGACCCGCCACUGAUGAGGAGAGCUGUAUCUCCAUACCUACAGUGUUCCGCCAACUGUUGUCUACAGCGAUGUGUUGAGUUGAAGUUCGGUGUGGUAGGAGCUUUCUUGUGUUAAAUGUCCAGAGGUGCCAUUUGCGAAGUGCAGAUAAGCUGUCCAGUUUGCUCCAACCCCACAGUAACUGUCCCAUGUCAGGAUUUUGGAUGUUUUGUUCAAUACCAGUGAAUGUUGAGUUCUCUCAUUACUCAUCGACUCUUUGGGUUCUAGGACACAAGAUCUUCACCAAUUCCAUUCAUCAGUAAGUACUCACCAAAGCUUUACGAAGGCUGGGAUGAAGUGUUAACGUGCUUUUGCACUUACAUCCUAGUUCAGGCAACCCCAACGAAAGCUUUACAUAGUCUAGCAUCUAGUAUAAAUCUGCAUUUAGAAUCAAGCCAGAGAAACUAACCAAACAACAGUAUUAGUACACUUUUCAAGGCCCCUACACGAUAGUUCACUUGGUGUUAUAUUUUCUUAUUAUUCAGCCUACAGCACCAGUGUUACCUCUACUAAUGUAAAGGUUCCCCUGAUAACCACUGUUCUGGACAGAACAAUUAAUAGUGAACUUGCAGCAGCUUAAAGGAUUUGUAUGUCUGCAUGGAUGAAAGUGCAAUAGUUGAGAAAGGUAAGAGUCUGGUAAGGGUAAUACUGUGUAAUUUAAGUCUGCCCAGGUCAGUCUAAAAGAAAAAAUGAAGGACUGAAUAGAAGUAGAAAGUGAGGUGUGUAGAGAUGUUGACUUAAGGAGAAGACAGAAAUGAGGUGUUAUAAAGAAGGGUUUGAGAAAGGCAAUAGCUAAUUUGAGGACAGUUUCUGUGGUUCUUGGCAGCCUACAGCUGUUGCCAAGGCAAGUUAUGCAAUAAUCUAUUCCACUACAUUGUAGUUUCAAGCAAAAAAAAAAAAAAAGAAAAAAAGGAAAAAAAAAGCACUUCACUGGAAUUUUAAUUGUACAUGAUUUUAUAUACCAAAAGUAUAUUUUGAAUUUCCCAUUAUAAGUUAAGUUGUAGCCAUAUUUCUUGUAAUUUUCUCCCAUUAAACAGUAUGCAAUUUGAUUAAUUCCCCAUGUACAAGUUCUGUGUAUAAUUUAUAUAUCCAUCUCUGCAGUGCUGUAACUUGCUUUUACCACAGGUCAGCAUUAACUGUAUAUAUUGUGGUGAAAAGUGAAAGGGUAUUAUUGUUGAAGAAUUUGCUACAUGAAUGUCAUGAUUCAAGAGCCUCCGAUACACUAAUGCAGAGAAAAUGUACCUGUGCACAAUAAAGUACUGCUAAGGCGC